AUGAUUGAGACGGUGGAUGAUAAAGACGAACUCAUAAAAAAUUCCUUUAAUAUUAUUUGGAAGGCUACCGAAGGCAGAAUAACCACUGCUACUUUUAAUACAAAUCUAUUAUUUUCCGGUACCUUUUUUUUAAAUAAUGAAACUUCCAAAACAUUACAUUUAGACGCACCAAAUGUGAAUGAAGCUCCAAUUACAAUUGACGAUGAAGAUUUACAAUUGAACACAGAAGAAAUUCAAGAAAGUGGACCCCAACUCAACUAUGAAGAACAUGGUAAAAAUGAAAUUAAAGGUUUGGAUUCUGUAGCCUCACCUUUAAAUCAUAAAGAAAGUGGUGACCAAUCAUCUGAUUCAAUCGAAAUGGAUUUAGGAAAUGAAAUCCAAGUUUUGGAGUCUAGUGUUCAGGAACAAUCCACUAAUAAUUCGCAAUUGAACACUACAAAAGAAAGCGGUGCACAAAAUUCAAGUUUUGAUAUAGAGGAAGACAGCACCAAUAAAAAUGCAAAUUUUUCAGAUGAUUCAGAUGCUUCUAUUUCCGUAGCCCAACCUUUAAACCAGAAAGAAAGUGAUUAUUCUGACUCAUCUGAAGAAGUCGAUGAACUUAUUUUUGAUGUGUUGGCUUCAAGGUUGGCGAAAAGAAAUUCCAACAAAAAGUACCAAUCCAAAAUCAAUAAAAAUUUUAAUGCUAAGAAAAUUGAAAACAAUGAGACCAAAAGUAGACAAGUCAAUAAGGUAAAUAAUGAAUCAGUCUACGGUUCCAUAGAACGUGUUCCUUCAGAUUUGACAGAUGAUUCCUUACCUAGUGUUAUCGAAAUAUUGGAUGUACUUGCAAGUUCAUCAAUUAUUAAUAGUCAAGUGCCAUCUACCCCACCGCAAAAUAUUACUGAAGGAAAUCUGUCCGAUGUAUUUAUGGAUUAUCAGCAUACAUAUGAAACAGAAAAUGAUAUCCGGCAAUAUCCAUAUGUCCUAAUUGAAAAACAAUCUAAUGAUUCACUUCCUACCGCUACGGGUGAUACUGACUUUCUGCGUAGUAAUAACCAAAAAUCAAAAAAAAGGAAACUUAAAAAUUUAGUUCAGGAUGAAUCAACUGAAGAAUCGAAUAAAAGUGAUUCUGAAAUUGAGAAUCAAAAGUAUGUUAAUGCUCAUCAGGGUGAAAGUAAUGAGGCUGAUGAAUGUAGUAAUCCGUUAACUCAAUUGACAUUAAAUAGAGAUAAACUCUUCUCAAAUAGCAAUUCAAUUGGAGAUUCCCUUACUACAAAUUUCGAAGACCUCUUCAAUAAAAAUGAUAUUGAAAUUAAUAUUUCAUUCCAAUCAUCACUCGAAUAUUCAACAAACAUUGAAAAAUUAGAAAGAUAUUUAAAAGAAUGGCUUUUUCAAUUUAAUCAAAUUACUUCUUUAAAAUAUAAAGUUGAUGAAAAGAGAUUAAAAAUGCUAUAUGACCUCAAAAGAGCUUACAUUUCUUUAAUUAUAAUGCUUAAUGCUGAGUAUGAACAUCAAAUGAAAAGGCCUCCUUCUCAUAAUACAUUGCGUGGAUUUGUAUGUGAAAAAAUGCAAUCAAUUUUAAACAUAAAAGAAAGACAGGAGAGAAAGUACUGGCUUGGAACUUGGAGGUUAAUAGAAUUGUUUUAUUUAACACGCUGUCCUGCUAAUAUUAUGGUUGGAGCUGGAAUUACAGCAAAAUUUUUGAUGAGUAGCACUGUUGAAAAUUAUGACCUUUUUCUCAAAAGUCUUUUAGAUGAUAAUGAUGCAAGUCAUCAAUCUCCUAAAUUCGACUCUUCUGUAAUUCAAUGGUAA